AUGUUUGCUACUCUUGUUAUUCUCCUUCCCUUUGUGCUCGCUAGCGCCGCGCUCCCCCAGGAUUGGCCCGACCACAACGGGCAGUGCACGACUGGCGCGCUGUCCUGCUGCAACAACGUUCAGCACGUUUCGGAUGUCAGCGACCAACUCGGUCAGCUCGGUCUGGGAGACCUCCUCAACGGCAUCGACGGCCAAGUCGGCUUUCAGUGCACCCCCAUCAUGGGCAUCGGCGCGGGCCAGGGCGCGACGUGCAUCAGCGAGCCUGUUUGCUGCGACAACAACAGCUUCAACGGUCUCAUCAAUUUGGGCUGUUCUCCGAUCACCGUCAUUGCGUAG